AAUGCCACUUUUUGGCUGGAUGAAAUGGUCAAAAAAUGAUUCCUACAAACCCACAAGAUAUCCUGGAUCAGAAGUAGUUACAGAAACCCUACUGAGGGAAUUGAAAUGGCACCUGAAAGAGCGUGAAAGAUUAGUGCAAGAGACUGAAAAUGAACAAAAAGUCCAGAAGACUGCUAUGGAUUACAACUGGCUAAAGAACUACCAAAACCCUCAAGCAACAAUUCCAGCUACCGAGCAACGGCAGCUUGAAGUUCUGUGUUCACAAAUCCAGCCUUACCAAACAGCAGCUGUUCUCAGCAGAUUUCGUGAAGUUUUGGCAGAAAAUGAUGUUUUACCCUGGGAAAUAGUCUACAUAUUCAAGCAAGUUUUAAAAGAUUUUCUUGCCACCAUUGAGAGAGAAAAUCAACAAUACCAACCGGUAGAUGCAUGGAAUACAAAUUGCUCUGACCAAUUCAGCCUGCGUGGAGACAGUUCUAACAAAUCGGACAAAGAUGAAAUUCCCACAGUUUCAAGUUAUGUUGACAAAAAUACACAGAGCAUGUUUCCUACCUUCUCUGAUAGAAUCUGGAAUCUACCCUAUUACUACCCAUCAGGUUAAACUAGUUUGUGUAUCUUUCAAAAAAAGCUAUGUAGCCUUCAUCAUUCCUUUCUUGUGAUUGCCAUCCACAAACAUGGGAAUAAGAAACAUGCUAUGCUCCUCCUUUUUUCCAAGUUCAGAAAUUAAAAUCCUUGAUUAGAAGUAGUAUGCAGUAAACAAA